UCGGCUGCGCUCGUUGUGUUACCGGAGCGGAGAGAAACACCCCGGUAGCACAACGCCAUGAAACCAAUACACUUCUGACCGGCUCAUUCUUUCUAAAUGAGCCUCAGCUGUGCAGGAAAUCAACUAGCACAACAUCAGUAACUGACGCACAUCUGCUUCACCCAGUGCAUGCUGGGAAAGGGGUUCAGAAUGAGCGAUGCAUAAUUGGCUGCAAAAAUCAGCUGGUGCUGAGCAGACUGAUAAUAUUUUGAAAUGCAUCGCUCCUAACUAUUUUUUAAACAGGUACAAUAUAUAACUAUAUUGUAUCAACUGUGUGGAUGAAUAUCACAUUUAAAACCUUCAGAGUCACCCUACACCCUUUAUUAUGCCUGGUGUGUGUACUCUGUUGUCAGUGUACCUACACAGCUGAGGAGCAGGAUGCGGUGAACAAAGCUCUGCGACAGAAGCUGGGACCAGAGUACAUCAGCAGCCGAAUGGCUGGAGGAGGACAGAAGGUUUGCUAUGUAGAAGGGCAUCGUGUAAUCGGCCUGGCCAAUGAGAUGUUUGGGUACAACGGAUGGUCUCACUCCAUCUCUCAGCAGAAUGUCGACUUUAUAGACAUCAUCAACGGGAAGUUUUAUGUUGGAGUGAGUGCAUUUGUCAAAGUGCAACUGAAGGACGGGGCGUAUCAUGAGGAUGUCGGGUACGGGGUCAGUGAAGGACUGAAAUCCAAAGCUCUGGCGCUGGAAAAGGCGAGAAAGGAAGCUGUCACAGACGGCAUGAAAAGGGCACUGAAAUGCUUCGGUAAUGCUCUUGGAAACUGCAUCCUUGAUAAAGAAUAUCUCAUAGCCAUUAACAAGAUCCCCAAACAGCCUCCUCCUCCUCUAGACCCAGCAAAGACGAAGCGCUGCGAGGGUGAGCCCUUAGUGGAGAAGGCCCGGUACUCCAGUCUGCUCCAAGAGGAGAAGCUUCAAUCUGCUGUGGGUUCUGGGAGGACGCCGCUGGACCCGCGAGUCCUCAACCACAUCCAGAACUAUCCAGAAGUUCACACUCCGGAUGCUGCCGGCGCCGCUGACAGAAGGAGUGACGACAAUGACUCCAAACCUGACCGUGACUCAGUGAAAGUUGGCGGGUCACUGGAGCACACAGACCCCAAACAGCUGAGAAAGCUCCGACAGCAGCAGCUUCAACAGAAGUUCAGGAGAGAGAUGGAGAGCAGGAAGCUGCAGCAGAUACCGGGUCAGGUCAAGUGCGAGGACAUGCAGGGGACUAUUGGACGAGCCUCAGGUGGAGGUCUUCAAGACGUCGGCACCGCACACAGGAAGCCAGGCGGCAGGGACGAGCAUUUAGCAGACGAUCCUGAGCUCUGGGAUUUCUCUCUGGAUGGGAUCGACCUGCUGGACGUCCCGGUCCACAGGGCGGCCGCACCGGGAACGCCCGGGAACCACAAGAUGCUGACGCGCAGCAAGACCCCUCAGAGAACUACGGACAAGCCCCCACCGCACGCGGCGCUGUGCAGACCUCCACAUCAGAACCAGUACCCGGCCCGAGCAGGUGAAGACGUCAGUCCGCACAGACAAGGACAGCACAUGAAGAAACGCCGACUGGACACCUGAGAUUUUAUGUUCCACAGUUAAAUUCACUUCUUUUUUUAAAGUGUUUACAUUGUUACAUUUGCAAUAAAUUGCUGCCAAUUGAUAAGUUUAAUUUUCAUACACUUUUCAACUUCUCUACUUCUUUGUAGAGGAAUCAGGCUUCAUCAUUUAAGUAUUGUAGAACUAGGUUUUCAAUGCCUUAAAAUGUCAAUUUUUCAACAAGAGUUGUGAGAGCAGUGAGGAAAAUAAUAAAAUAGCACAAUUGUAAUUAAGCCCAAUAAGCAUGACAAUAACUUUUAAUUGAUAUUAUUUUUAUUUGUUUUUACAUUUUGUACAAUGUGAAAAACAUACACAAAACUGACACUGAAUCACAGGUCAGAAAUAAAGAGCUGAACGGAUACCUUUGCGUGUCAGUAGCCUCAAACAGUACUGUACAGGUGACGUUACGGAUGGUAGCAUAUGGACCUUUAAAGAGCUUUGUCGUGACCUUGUGCUGUACAGUGGCCAGUUGUGAGUUGGUUGUCAGUUGUAAGAUUAAACAUGUGUGAAGCUAGCAUGCAGAAACCAUAUCCUGAUAGUUUGAUAUUAGUGAAUAACAUUUGAACAGAUCAACGCGUUUUGAUCACUUUCAGGAAGGCAAAAAAUAAAGAAAAAAAAGAUCUAAUAUUUCAAUAUCAAAAACAUUGAAGUCAGCAAUAACCCUCAUCAGCAUGCAGAUGUUUCAGUUACCCCUCA